AUGGCUGGUUUACGGCGAGCACGGGCACCCCCAGCUACACCGCUCCCCGAUGAUACCGCCGUGGACGCCACGACGUCCUCCGCCGCUCCUCUGCUGAAGAAGGCGAAGAAGGCUGAUCCCUCGCUCGACUUUGAGAAGGGCAUUUCGCUCCUUCUUGUCCGCCCGCAGCUUCUCCUCGCGUCGCUGCAGCACCUGGUCCAGCUCGUCGGUCUGCGCCUCACCUGUGCCAAAUCCGACACCCCCAACGCGGGCGCGAGUGCCGCUCUCUCCACCCCUUUCAACGCCGCCACGAUUCGCGAGCGCACGGGCGAGGUCGAGGACGAGCUGGCGGGCGAGCUCGCGCUCUGCCACGACGUCAUGGACAAGGUGCGCUCCAUGGAGGGCAAGCUCGAGUACCAGGUCAAGAAGCUGGUGGGCCUGGCGGAAGCCGCGGAGAAGAAGCCCGAGAAGGCAGCCGAAGUGGCCGAGGACGACAUGCUGUCCUUCCGUCCUAAUGCGGCGGCCAUGCUGGCGAGUGCGCGCUCCGAGGCGGCCGAGGCGGCCAAGCCGCGCAAAUCCCGCAAGGAGUCGGAUGACGAGUCCGAGGUCGAUGGAGGAGUGUACAAGCCCCCGCGUGUCGCGGCCAUGCCGUACAACGAAGAAGGCGAGAAGCGCGUGCGCGAGCGCCGUGCGCCCGCCCUCUUGUCCGAGUUUGCCCAGUCCCUCGCCGGCGCGCCCGCCGUGCAGACCACGGGCCUGUCGACCCGCCCCGUGCAGGCGGGCGCGCACACCAACUCGGCGUCCGCGCGCCGCGCUGCCGAACUCCAGCGCAUCGCCGAGUUCGAGGAGGAGAACAUGACCCGUCUCGUCACAUCCAAGCGCGAGGCGAAGCGCCGUCGCGAGGACGAGGAGGCGCUCGCGCUCGGGUUUGGUGUGGGCGGCGCGCGCAAUCGCCGCCGCAACGGCCUCGAGGCCGAGCUCGAGGGCGUCCUCGGCGAUGGAGGCAGUAGUGCUUGGGACGGAGCGGGCGACAAGUUUGGCAAGAGGGAGGGGAUCACGAAGCGCGCCAAGACGGCUGGUGGGAGGGAGAGGAAUGGAAAGGCCAAGAAGAGCAGGUUCGAGAAGGACGUCAAGAAGAAGAGGAAGGCCAUUGGCCUGCCUACCAAGUAG